AUGCUCCCACAAGAUCUUAAACCGCUUUGUCAUGAACAGUUAACAAGUAAAGAAGGCGCGAAUGGCAAGAUGGCGGCUGCAUUAGAGUACAUUGGGUAUUUCAGUCCAAUUUCAGCUUAUUUAUCGUUCCAUAAGCAUGCUAUUACUACAAUCAAAUCUUUUUGGUCCGUUCAGGACGAACAGGAGAUAUUGUAUAAUGGUAGUUACGAUGGCGCACUUUCGCAGCCGAAUGAACAAGAGCUAAUUCUUGAUUCAUUUCCUCCUUUAAAGGAUUAUACUGCACCCAAAUAUCCGAUAGUUUUAUGCCAUGGGCUUUCGGGGUUCGAUAAACUCAUUUUAAUUCCGUCUAUAAGACAGCUACUCGGAUUGCUGCAAAUAACGGUUAAGGAACAGAACAGUGACACGUUUAUGCAGGAGGCAACUAAUGACUCGGGUCUUUUGGCGUUGGAUUACUGGGUGGGGGUUCAAAAGUUUUUGGAGUCAAAAGGGUGCACGGUGAUAACGGCCAAGGUUCCAAGUUUUGGGAGCAUUGAGGAGAGGGCGGCUGUUCUUAACGACUUCAUCGAAAAGGGUGUGGAGAAACUUGUAGAAAAGGGGGAUACCGGGAACAACAACGAUCGAAUGACCGCUGAUAAGAAGGUUAAGGUUAAUCUUAUUGCGCAUUCUAUGGGUGGAUUGGAUUGUAGGUAUUUGAUAUCGAAAAAGGCUAACAAGGGGUACCAAGUGAUGAGUUUAACGACAAUCAAUACGCCACACCAUGGUUCCGAGAUGGCAGACUUUGUAGUUGAAAAGUUUGAUUUAUUGAAACAAACUGCAAAAUUGGAUGAACUUCCUUUGUUCUUACCGCCAGCAUUUUAUCAAUUAACAACUUACCACAUGAAAUAUUUCAAUUCUAUGACGUCUAAUGACCCUAACGUCUCUUAUUUUAGCUACGGAUCUUACUUCUAUCCAAAAUGGUAUAAUGUAUUCUACCCAAGUUGGAAUGUUAUACUUAAUCGUUCUAAUGGUGAACCAAACGACGGGCUCGUCACUGUUAAAAGUGCCAAAUGGGGGCAAUAUAUGGGAGCACUAAAGAAUAUAGACCACUUGGACAUAAUAAACUGGAGGAACAAAUUGCAGUUGGAAUCUCUUACAAGUUUGGAUAAAACUUAUAAAAGGAAGGCAGUUUCCACAUCGAAGCUCGAUGUAUUGGAAUUCUACCUAGCUAUAACGGAUAUGCUAACACGCAAAGGUUUGUAA